AUGGAUUUUAUUCUCGGCUUGGGCAUCGCCUUGCCAAUAGCGUCCAGCGUCGGUGUUUCCGUCACCACAGGCGUCGCGCAAGGCGUCAACGAGCAAAAGAAGCAAAACGCUGAUGCCUCCAAUCAAACGCGUAUGCUCAAAUUCCAUCUCGAUGUCGUCGUCGGCGACAAGGCGAAAUCCAAACGCGGUGCACAUCUAAACGACUUCGUGGUGACUCUCCAUGACGAUAAGUUGUGGCUGGAGGCCAAAGAUCUCACCACAGGCCUGCCACUUGAUAGUCGUCAUCAUCCCUUCACUGGUUUCUACAUCGCGUAUCCAGAUGAUGCUCGCGUACACACGCGGGGACUGGUCUCGACCAUCAGCGUUGACCCGCCGAUGCUCAAUUGGAUCUAUGUGGACAAGCACAGUGGAGAAGUCCGCUAUGCGAAUCGAUCAGGCAGCAUUGAGCACCAUGUAGGCGAUUUUGAUUGGACAACGGAUAGCAACGAGGAUAGCCGAGUCACUCUGGACGGCUGGGAAGGCUUCUUAGCUGUAGAGGAAUCAGAAGAGCAAUGGUCAUUGUACUUUGACUGGGACGAUGACGGGUUGCGCGGAAAGCGGCGCGGGCGAAUGGUAGUUGAGGUCCAGCUCCAGCGCAGGGUGAUCACAAGUCAAGAAGUCAACAAGUGGGGUUUGAAGGAGGAAGGCAAUAUCGGGUUCAGAGCCACGAGGGAGGUUUGA